AUGUUUAGUAAUGCAACCAUGGAUCGCCGCUCAAUACUGCCAGGGAAUUUGCCAAGUGCUGCGGUGAUUGGAAAGGGGUUGCUGGGACAUGAAGCACUGGGAGUAGAUAUGGGCAGGUUUGAGGACGUGGGGUUUGAGGAGAUGGGGUUUGAGGAGAUGGGGUUUGAUGAAAUGGGGUUUGAGGAGAUGGGGUUUGAUGAAAUGGGGUUUGAAGGCUUGACAGAAGGUGAGAGGGAGUGGACCUCUGAUCUUGCGGAGCAGUUUGCUCAGCGGCUGGGGCGGAUAGAAGAAAACGAUGGGGCUGGAGGGAGUGGGGUUGGUGUUACAGCAGGGAGGGAGGGAGUGGAAGAAUGGGAGAUAACUUCAGAGGAAGAAAGCAGUGGAAGCAGAGAGACUGCUGGUGGGGAAGGAGUGAUGGAGGAGGAAGGAGCGAUGGAGGAGGAAGGAGGCACGGUGGAGACGAGGAUGGGAACGGUUGAGCGUUUGGCGAUGGGAAUGGGGCCAUCUGAUCGAUACUUCCAGCUGCCUAGCUCUGCGGAUUCGCCUCACGAAAGCAGACAGCAAGGAGGCGGGACAAUCUCUGUGGGUAAAAACGGCUGUGGCGGUCAACAGGGUCAACACGGCGGAGGGGCAGGUGUGGUGGUGGGUGUGGCAGCAAGGGGUUCAUCCUCUCAUGCAGGCAUGGAGCAGAGUCUCACUCCAGUAGGAACCACAGCACAGGCAGCAGGGCAGCACGCAUUGGCAGCAGGGCAGCACGCAUUGGCAGCACGGAAGCACGCGUUGGCAGCAGGGCAGUAUGCAGUAACAGGGGCACAAGUGGGAUUCAUGACCCCUGGUGAGGAUGGUUCUCUAGAAGAAGCGAAGGAGGAGGUGGAGGUACGCAGCAUGGCAGGUUCGGCUUUAAGUGUGCUUCCUAACUGGCAUGCUAACAUGAUGCAGUAUGCUGCUGGCAUGAUGUCCUCGUCUGCGCCGCAUUAG